AUGUAUUUUGUGAAUUUUUCUAGCGAUGACAAGGUGGUUACUCGAGCUAUUGAGCUAAAUGAGCAGCUUGAAAGAAUUUUACAAAGACACGAUGCCCUCAUUUCUAGUAGGACUACGCUUGUAUCAACUCAAAAAUUGACCAUGAACAGGCAGGGGAAGAGGAAGAGGCUGAACAACUUCUCUGAUAAGAAAAGGAAAAGCAUGUCUACAAGCCGAGGAAGAAGACAGCCAAAGAGAUUCGCCAUUGAGAUUGAAGAGACCUUCUGUUCCUGGGGAAACGGUUCAUCGCCCCCUUAUAUGGCCAGCACUGUGGAACAGCCAAUGCGAGAACCUGUCCAGCAACCGACUAUGGAGCCAAUGCAAGAAACUGCACAGCCACCUACUGUGGAGCAAAAGCAAGAAGCCAAUGUGCGAAGACCAUUGGUUGCACUACCACCAGCCCCUGCUAAACCUGUUGAGCGAGAGAGAUUCUUCCGUGACGGUUCUGCUCUUAAUGGCCAAUGA